UGAUAACUGGGUCAAUGAUGAAUAUUUUAUAUGACAUUACAAUGAUUACGAAAUCACAACAUAAACAGAGAAGAAAAUACACCACCUCUGGUUAAUAUGAACAGUCUAUGGACAACAUACCAGAAGAUGGUACCAUAAUGGAGCCACCAACUCGUUCGCGACACAUCUCUGAUCCGAGUAUUACGUACUUAAACAUGAGCAAGACCGUGAAGGAAGCUGACCUCUGCCAGCCCUUUGAAAGGACCCAGUCGGACGCAGCCCUUAUUAAGGAGCAGAUGAACCGACAUGUCUUCAAGGGGUCGGCGUCGCUGGAUAACUAUGACGGAAACGACAGCCACCUGUUGAAGGCUGACGCCAAUAACCAGAUUUCUCUGCGUUCAAAAGUCUACAUGGACUUGUCCUGCAUGGCUGACAGGGAGGAAAAGGAGGAAAGUAGAGACAGGAAGUUGAGUGCCAGACGCAGUCAGGUUUUGGAACCAAUUCCACAAGAUGACUCAGAAGACCAUGAUGAAGACGACACCGAUUUUCGAAUGUGUCUCAAUUUCUGUGCCAAAAACCGACCGCUUCUUGAGAACGACACUGACAACAGCAGCACCGGUCCCCCUUCCCCCGACGAGGACGACGCCCCCACCGGGUCCUUCUGUUCGAAGUACCCGUUCCGGUUCCCACACGGCUUCAACCAGAUCAAACACAGGCACAACCUCAAGCUCACUUACCAGACCCUGUCGACAAAGCUUGAGGGAUUCAUCAAUCAGCUGAAGGUUGCCACUCAGGGAGUCGGCAUUCAGUGUGCGAUACUCAACCACAUCCUGAACGUGAUCCGGGAGGCGUGGGACACCCCGGUGUACGGCAGGGACAUCGCCUAUGGACUGUGCGACAUCGUCCGGUUAGAGGGUCUUCUGGACAUGCUGGUCAACAACUGUGUGGACGCCACCGAUGACUUGCUUGUCACUUCAGUUGAUCUCUUGGAACAGGUGAUGUCAAUAAAGAACAGAGAAAGAGUUGCCAAAAUCGGACUCGUUACCGUGGUUCAGAUGACGAGGAACGCGCUGGGGAAUUGCAAGCUUGCUAGAGCCACCACAGGAAUCCUCGAGAACCUCUUCAAGCUGUCGGAGGAAACCUGCACCCGCGUGAUCAACCUCGGCGGCCUGGACGUCAUCCUGCACUGGUGCCGCUGCAGCAAUGUCGACGUCCUGCGGCGCUGCGCGAAGGCCCUUGCGAACCUGUCGCUGUUCGGAGGCUGCGAGAACCAGGAGGUGAUGGCCAAGCGGAAGGUCCCCGAGUGGCUGUUCCCCCUGGCAUUCAGUGAUGAUAACAGUGUGCGUUAUUAUGCCUGCCUCGCAGUCAGUGCUCUCGUGGCCAACAAGGAGCUGCAGGCCCCGGUGAUCAAGUCGGGCACGCUCGAUCUUGUCCUGCCGUUCAUCAGCUCCAACAAGCCGUCGGAGUUCGCCCAGAACGAUAUCAGCCACAAGCAGGGCCGGGACAAGAACUGGCUGGAGCGACUUAUUCCUCUACUCUUCAGCCGCAGGCAGGAGGCCCAGGCUCUCGCGGCGUUUCAUUUCGCCAUGGAGUCAUCCAUAAAAGCUGAACAAGGUCGACAAGAGAUAUUUUAUGAAAUCAAUGCGGUGGAACCUCUCAAGAAGCUGGCGAGUAGUCCCAAUGAUGUGGCGUCAAAACUAGCCGCUGAGGCCCUCAAGACGAUCGGAGAGAAAAUCCCUCACACCCUGUCUCAACAAGUACCACUGUGGACGGUCCCAGAUGUUGUGUAUUGGGUAUCACAGGUGGGUUUUGCUGAAUACUGCUCACAAUUUGAGAUUGCGCAGGUGGAUGGUGACCUUCUGCUCAUUCUGACAGACGAAGAUCUACAAGAUGGCCUGGGGAUGAAGUGCAGCAUCGUCAGGAAGAGGUUUCUACGAGAACUGAAGUCAUUAAAAAUUACUGCUGAUUACUCGGCGUGCGACACGACCGGACUGGACAACUGGCUAAUGGGCUUGUUCCCAGACUUGUCCCAGUACACCUACAACAUGCUGCGACAGGGUGUCGACAAGUACAUGCUGCACUGUCUGUCGGAGGAAGAGCUGCGGAACGAAUGCGGAAUCACCAACAGCAUUCACCGCAGGAAGAUCAUACAACACAUGGAUGAGAUUGUUGAACAGACUUGUGACAUGACGUCCUUUGGUCCACUGCCGGUGUCUGACCUGUCCGCGAGUCUAGGUAAUGGAAUGAGGUGUAUCGACGUCUUCCUGUGUUAUCGCAGAUCCAGUGGCUCACAGCUGGCUAGUCUUCUCAAAGUUCACUUACAGCUUCGAGGUUUCACCGUCUUCCUUGACAUAGAUCGUCUCCGGGCAGGAAAGUUUGAUGAGAACCUGCUCCACAGCAUUCAGCUGUCGAGAAACUUCAUCAUCAUUCUUACCCACGAUGCAGUCGAUCGUUGCGUUGGUGAUAUUCACACAGAAGACUGGGUUCACAAGGAAAUUGUUACUGCUCUAGCCAGCAACACCAACAUUGUUCCCAUCAUGGACAACUUUGAAUGGCCUCCGCUUGAAAAACUACCACAAGACAUGCAUAAUCUUGUGCGCUUCAACAGUGUACGCUGGGUUCAUGACUAUCAAGAUGCCUGUGUCGAUAAGCUGGAAGCAUUUCUGAUUGGUGGAAGUCAAAAGGUGAAGCAGAAUCGCCAAAUCUCGCAUACAGGUUCCGCAAGCGGUUUAUCAUCGCCAUCACAGGAAGAUCUCUUACGAUCGAUGGAAGUGAGAAAAGUCGGCAGCUCAUCAUCCUUACACAGCAACCUACAUCAUUGAUCACUAGUACUGUCCAGACCAUCAUUACAAAGCACUUGUUUCUUUUUUAUUAUUUUUUUUAUAUUAUUAUAUUUGACAUAGGUACAUUACUGAUCUGUAGUACAGUUGUGAGAGUUUUUUUUUUUUUUUUAUAAAUGGCACUGAUCAGUAGUAUUAUCUGGUUCACAUGGUUCAUAGCGGUCUUUAAAUUCUUUGAAAGUCUUUGAAUUUGAAAUUUUUUAUUUUUGAGGUCUUUGAAAGUCUUUGAAUUUGAAUUUUUUUAUUUUGAGGUCUUCGAAAGUCUUUGAAUGGUAAUAAAAGUCUUUAAAUUCUCACAAAUCAUAGCCAAAGCAACGAUGAUAUCUUUUACAGCUGCAUGCACUUGAUAUUUUUCAGUUACAAGGUUUAAUCUGUCAUGAUGCAUGUAAAAAGCUGAAUCAUUCAUUUCUUUGUCGUUUUUGUUUUGGUGGUUUUGGG